GGGCUGGCAUUGUUGUUCCGUUUUGCCAUCAAGUCCUGGAUCCGAUGGGCUUUACCCCGUGUCAGCUCUCCAGACCGACUCUGGGGGUUCGAAGAUCUGUUCUACACCGCGGGUUAUAGUUCUGACCUUGCGCAUAUUGUGUUGGUGCAAAGAAGUUAUGAGGCCGGACUCGGGCGUCAUUUGUGGUUCCUGACUAGUGAUGAGCUCAGAGGCACACUGAAGAACGAGUUCAUCUCUCAGCCUUUAGCGGUUUUGGCCUCGAUGCUGUCUCGCACAGGGAUGAUGUGCUUUCUCUACAGUUGUUUCAACGGCGCCGACCGGCGGAUCCGCAUCUCUAUCCUCGCUUAUAUGGGUGAUCAGAUUAUCAUUAACAUGGUUACAGUGGUCCAAAUCAUCGUUCAAUGUGGGCCAAGUUCAUACCGUCCUGUCGAUCGAGUGCACUACUUCCAUUACAUGUGGGAUGACCUGCCUUCCGACGGUUCAGUUAUUUGCCAGUCACCGAGCGUACAGACAAUGGUUGGCUUUGUUCAAGGAGGAUUCAAUUCCGGAAUCGACCUAUUCUUGACAGCGCUCUCUGCCAUACAGCUAUGGCGCUAUACGAUGCGAGCGACGGAUCGGGGACCAUCCCACAGUGAGUCAUUCUGUUCGCGGUUCCGGAAAAUACCUCGCAGGUCGCGAAACCGGCGGUUGUGGCAAACCUGCGCCUUAGGCGGUCCAUUGCUGUUGUCGGGCAUUGCGUCGAUCAUUAAGACUUGGUUACUCAAAGCUAUCGGAGAGAGAAAUGAUAUUGCCCAUAACAUAGUGCCAUUCGUGCUGUGGGUGAAGAUUGAGAAUUAUAGCAUCCUGCUUGCGACCUGCGCUCCUAUUAUCCGGCUUCUGGUG